AUGGAGCCUAAAGUCCCGUGGUGGACUUCUCCAAUAGAAGCCGUAGCAGUAAAACGGAAAAAUACUCAGGAAAGCUGGCCAACAUAUAAAACACUUCUAAAAAAUGAAGAUAACCAAAUAAAAUUAAAAAACUUUGAGGAAAUAAGAGGACACAUCUCAGACUGGUUCCAAUAUCAUCAGUUAUUUGAAAAAUUUAAAUCUGACAAACAAAAGGGGUUCUCAACAGAAAUUUCCCGAUUCGAAUCUGAUCUUGUAAAUUCUAAAAGAAAAACUCUUUCCAAAACUUAUCGACUCCUCCUUGACUGGACAGUCAAGGAGGAGGAGGUAACAGUGGCAAUGGUGAGGUGGUCCCAGGAUUUUGGCCAUUCAAUAACCAUGGCCCAAUGGGAAAAUUUAUGGAAGAUCAAUUGGAAAUUCACAAAUUGUUACAUGAUUAGAGAGAACUUUCAAAAAAUGCAACAUCGAUGGUAUCUAACACCAUGGAAACUUUCAAAAAUGUAUAAAAAAGUGUCACGUAAUUGUUGGACAUGCGGUGAAUCAGGAACAUUCUACCAUAUGUGGUGGAUAUAUAGGAAAAUACAGGUAUUCUGGGAGAGUAUCCAUGCAGAACUGCAAAAAAUGCUAAAGAUCUCUUUGAAAUAA